GAAGGAAAGGAACUUGUUUGAUUUCCUUCGUCAGAGUCGUGUCCUACAAAUUUUAACAAAUUGGUUUUUAAUAAUUUUUUUGAAAACUAUAAUAACAUUAUCCCCAUAGUAUGUGUAAAAUUUUAUAAAAGAUGUGUAACUGGUGAUAGGACGGACACAAUUCACCUAAUUGAACAGUGUGAUGGAAAGGUUUCCACUGAAGUCUUCCGUGCCAAAAAUGGGAAGCACCUAUCAAUCUGUCUAUAAAAAGGGUACGUCGUCGAACAACGGUCGCGGGCUCCACUCCCCGAGCGAGGAUGACAUGGUAGACAUCACGCCGGGGCUCCAGCAGGCGGCUGACACGACCCCCACUAACCACGGCACCUUCCAGUUGUACGAACACAGCGGUCGCAACUCGGCUGCCAGUGCUAACUCGUACAUCGCUCAGUACUUCAGUUCUUCAGCCGGGGACGCGAUUAUAUUCUCCGGGAUGCAAGGAGAUGAUGACAUCCCGGGAAUCGGUCAGUAUGAUGACUUCCACACAAUCGACUGGCAGCGAGACAUUGCCAGAGACCGCAUGCGGCACAGGUACAUCGUCAAGAAGCGCCAAGACUCAAUAUGGGACCUAAUCAAGGGUGCACACGACGCAUGGUCAGGAUGGGUGUGCGUGUUGCUGGUCGGAGUGUGUACCGGCGUGGUCGCCGGGGUCAUUGACAUCGGAGCUUCGUGGAUGACGGACCUAAAGUUCGGCAUAUGUCCUCAGGCAUUUUGGUUCAACAGGGAGCAGUGUUGCUGGUCCAGUAAUGACACAACUUUCGAUCAUGGAAACUGCUCACAGUGGAAAACAUGGCCCCAAGUGUUUGGUGAGUCGCGCGAGGGCGCCGGCGCAUACGUCAUCAGCUACUUGUUCUACAUCGCGUGGGCGCUGAUGUUCGCCGCGCUCUCCGCCUCGCUCGUGCGCAUGUUCGCGCCGUACGCGUGCGGCUCCGGUAUCCCUGAGAUCAAGACAAUCUUGAGCGGCUUCAUCAUCCGAGGGUACCUGGGCAAGUGGACGCUAAUCAUCAAGGUCGUUGGCCUCAUAUUGUCCGUCUCAUCUGGCCUCUCGCUCGGGAAGGAGGGCCCUAUGGUGCACAUCGCCAGCUGUCUAGGGAACAUCCUAUCGUACCUGUUUCCGAAGUACGGUCGCAACGAAGCGAAGAAACGCGAGAUUCUGUCCGCGGCCGCGGCGGCCGGAGUCUCCGUGGCCUUCGGCGCCCCCAUUGGUGGAGUGCUCUUCAGUUUAGAGGAGGUAUCAUACUACUUUCCACUCAAAACGUUAUGGCGAUCAUUCUUCUGCGCGCUGAUAGCAGCGUUCAUCCUGCGCUCGAUCAACCCGUUCGGGAAUGAACAUUCGGUUCUCUUCUUCGUGGAGUACAACAAGCCCUGGAUCUUCUUCGAGCUGAUUCCCUUUAUCGGACUUGGAAUUAUCGGGGGUUGCAUAGCGACGAUCUUUAUAAAGGCGAACAUCUUCUGGUGCCGGUACCGCAAGUACUCCAAACUGGGCCAGUACCCGGUGACCGAGGUGCUUGUGGUCACCCUAGUGACGGCCAUCAUCGCUUACCCCAACCCGUACACGCGCAUGAACACCAGCCAGCUCAUCUACCUGCUGUUCAACCAGUGUGGCAUCUCCAAUACUGACCCUCUGUGCGACUACAGCCGCAGUCUGAAGGACGCGAACAACGUGGUGAGGAAGGUGGCCGGGUCGGGCGUAUACUCGGCCAUGUGGCAGCUGGUGCUGGCGUUGGUGGUGAAGCUGGUGCUCACGGUGUUCACGUUUGGCAUCAAGGUGCCCUGCGGACUCUUCAUCCCCAGUCUGGCGUUGGGAGCCAUCGCUGGCAGGAUCGUUGGCAUUGGCGUGGAGCGACUGGCAGCGGACCCGAACAACUGGUUCUUCUCAGGCGAAUGUUCGACCGGCGACGACUGCAUCACGCCCGGACUGUACGCGAUGGUCGGAGCCGCAGCCGUUCUCGGCGGCGUCACUCGCAUGACUGUGUCGCUAGUGGUGAUAAUGUUCGAGUUGACGGGCGGCGUGCGGUACAUAGUGCCGCUGAUGGCUGCAGCAAUGGCGUCCAAGUGGGUCGGCGACGCGCUCGGCCGCCAGGGCAUAUACGACGCCCACAUCGCCCUCAACGGCUACCCCUUCCUCGACAGCAAGGACGAAUUCCAACACACGUCCCUGGCAGCCGAUGUCAUGCAACCCAAACGAAACGAGACGCUGUCAGUGAUAACUCAAGAUUCCAUGACGGUAGACGACGUGGAGACUUUACUGAAGGAGACUGAACACAACGGGUACCCGGUUGUCAUCUCCAAGGAAUCCCAAUAUUUGGUGGGCUUCGUGCUGCGACGGGACCUCAACCUGGCCAUAGCGAACGCCCGCCGCACGAUCGAGGGUAUCACCGGCCAAUCGGUGGUGGUGUUCGCGGGCACGGGCAACCCCCCUCCCGGCCCUCCCCCCUACCUGCCCCUCAACAGGAUCCUGGACAUGGCACCGAUAACAGUCACUGACCAGACGCCUAUGGAGACUGUCGUGGAUAUGUUCCGCAAGCUUGGUCUGAGGCAGACGCUUGUCACGCAUAACGGGCGAUUGUUGGGCGUGAUCACAAAAAAGGAUGUAUUGCGACACGUGAAGCAAAUGGACAACGAAGACCCGAGUUCCGUCCUCUUCAACUGAUUCAGGGACGCCGGCACUGUCCCGGAUAUUUGGAGUUUCGGCUCCUAAAGUUGUUAGUGUUCGGAUAUUUACGGACAUUGUAUUAAGCACCGGUAGUCGCUCAAUGGCGCCUUGAGGUAUUCGAUUCGCACCCCACGCUGCACCGCACCACUUUUGGUCAUUUUAAUAAACCGACAUGAAAUAGUUUGUUGCGUGAUAUCAAACAAUAUAUUGGUAUGCAGUCGCAAAUUUUUUAAUAGAUUUUUUAUUAAAAAUGAAUUAAAUAUAAAUGAAUUAAUCCAACCGAAAUAUUAUUAUGAUUUUAUAUAUUUAAUUUUCUAUUACCCUUUUUAAUCGACUAUUUUAUUAUUUUAGCGCCCUUAGGUGUCGACAUUUGAAAAUUUUUCCGCAAUUCGAAGAUAUAAAUGAAACGAUUGUGAUGAAUUUGUGUGGUGUAGGUAGGAUCGUUUGGUAAUGAAUUUAACUUGGCUGUAUUGUAAGCGAGGAGACUAUAGUAUUUGAUGCCUCAGUCGUAGCAUAAUUUAAAUAUUUAGAUGUUGUAUUGAGCCAAUUAUUUAGGAGCUAUUUAAGGAGCAGUCUUUUAUUAGUAAUAUGUGCAGUGGGGGGACCCAAAAAGUGUCCCCGAUCAUGUCUCGAAUGACACUUUGCUAAUGGAUUUAUAUAAACCUUUGUACACAAAUAUACAUUGUAGAUAGAUAUCAAUUUUCACUCCAUUCUCAAGUAUUUUAUUUACUCUUGCAUAAUUUGGAGUCUUGCUACAUUCAUAUCUUGUAGACUGAGCUCGCUAUUUCGCAUCUAAGUACCUUACGAACUUAUCCCAGAAAGUUGAACGUUGAGCCGUGUGCGGACUUAAAUCAGCCUCGGAUGGGGCAUGCGUGGCUUGCGCAUUUGCCUCGGGUGAGGCACACACACUCACCCGAGGCAAAUGGGUGAACAUACCUCAGUCCGAGGCUGUCUCGGGUCCAUACCCAGCUCAAUAUCUAUAAUUUAUGAACAAAGAUGUAAUUAAAUUUCAGAAUGUAUUUACAAUAUUGUUACAUGUGUAGGAGUCGGGAACGUUAUUUAUAAUCGAAAUGAGUAUUAGAGUAUUAUAUAUUAGAGCUAAUUGUAAUCAUAGUGAACGCCAUUGACGCGGGAGCCAUUACGUGAUUGUAUAUUAUAAGAUCCUAUAUGUGCAUAAUUAUUUUAUACUUUGAUAUCUCAUUUUACGUAGCUUUUAGGCAUGCUGGACUUUCUAAUUGUAUUUUUAUACAAAACAUAUUAAAUCAAAAGAUGUCAUGAUUUUAUUUUAGAAAUUUUAUUUUCAUACGGGUUAUUUUCUGUGCAGACUUAUAAAAUCAUGAUCUUUGUGACAUAGUUCACUGUAUAUAUUUGCAUGUUGUUAUAUUCCGGAAUGCCGUGUGGUAAUUACUAUUUUUUUAAUUAUAAUUUUUGUUGUCCUGUAUGUGUAUAAUAUUGAUUGUUCUAUGCAUGCGCUCAACACAGUACAGUUCCCAUUAUUUCAUUGUAAAAUAAAAUUUAUGGGCAAUUUCAAGAGAAGCAACGAGCCUGAAGCUGAGCCCUUUUUUUCUUUUAUUAGUAGCUGUUAAGUGUGGCUUUUUAACGAAUAUGUAUAUCAGAUUUUAAAUGUGACAUGUACAUAUUGUAAAUAAGUAUCACGUUACAAUUAUACAUUAUUUUUAGGUAAUUAUUUUAAAAUCGUGCACACGAACAGUAAUUUUACAAGUAGGUAACUGAAAUGUUUCUGAUUAUAUUUUUUUAAAUGAACUUGAGUUUUUCUCCACUCGUGAUCGUCAUCUGUGACGGUCACUAAAGGUGAAAAUUUGUCGAUCCUGGUUAAAGUCGGGUUGAACAUUACGUAAUAGGGAAGUAAUUUAUUGUACAUUCUAGUUAUAAGUGACUAAUAUCAUAAUAUUUAACCUAUUCAAUUAUGAUAUUCACACAGUAAAUGAGGCUGCUCCCUUGAAGUACUAAUUCUACUGCUUAGUGUAUAUUUGAUGGGUUAGCGGAAAAUAUUUUUAAAUAUUCUAAUAGUUCGCCGCGAGUUCAGACCUGGCGUUUAAUUCCGAAACAAAUAUUCAACACACCGGUUCGUUAUGCGGGUGAGAAUUCUCCUUUAUGUUCGCACAGCACACAUGUGUCAUAAUGUAUUAUUACAAAGAGGCCUAUUUGUGAUGUGGAAAAGUAGUCGUUUUAAAUAGUUCUUCCGUUCAUGAGAAAGCGUCUCAAUAAAAAAACAGGUUCGAUGGAGAUAAUUUAGAAAUAAUAUUCAGAAAUCUGCACUUAACGAUUGAAUAAUUCUAGUGGGAUCUUAUUGGAAUUUGAAUAAUGGCAGUUACUACAUAAUUGCUUCAAUUAUCCUCUGUUAAAUAAGUUCAGCUACAUUUUAUGACUUUCAUCAAAAAGCUUUUGAAUGUAGUAAUAUUCGUCAUUUCUGUGCCUGGCGUGUAUGACGUUUCACAGCUAAAGUAUCAAUAAUUCUCGUCCAAACUUUUUGGAAAUGUCUCACCCACAUAGAAUAUUAUUGUCCAUUGGUGUUUCACUCUCAUUGUGGAUAGACGUUAUCAAUGUAUUUAACAAUAUGGACUGAAAAUCGAUAAUCGUUAAUGUAAGAAUUGUAAAUAGAUUUACAUGUUGUCUUAUAUACUGUGAGCCGCGUCCGAUCGGGCCACGUUU